AGCGGUGUCUCCGCUGCCGGGCAGGGACGUGCUUUGGCAGCCGGGUGGAGGCGGUUCCGCGCUCGACGGAAACAAGAAACGGGAAAGGAAGGGAGCGGCAGUGGGAACCGGUAUCGGCGGCCACCAUUAGUCGGCAGCGGGAGGAGGAGGAGGAGGAGCAGCAGUAGCAGCAGCAGCGGCAGCCGCGGGGAUCUGCAGGCGGCACGGAGUCUGGGUGCCCGCCGCCUCGCCCCUCUGUUUCUGUGGGGGGUCGCUGCUGUCCGCCAGCCCGCCGGGGGUGCCCCCGAGCCUGAGCGAGCAUCACUCAGGAUUUAGGAAGAGAUUCUUUCUCUUCUCUUGGUGCUAGAAGUACUUAACAGGACUCAAAGCAACUGUUGGAAGAAAUGAAGAAGAUGGAGCAAUUAUCAGAUGAAGAACUUGACCAUGGUGCAGAAGAAGAUAGUGAUAAGGAAGACCAGGAUCUGGACAAGAUGUUUGGGGCCUGGCUGGGGGAACUGGACAAACUCACACAGAGUUUAGAUACAGACAAACCAAUGGCACCAGUGAAGAGAUCACCUCUCCGUCAGGAAACUAAUCUUGCCAACUUCUCAUAUCGCUUCUCCAUGUACAAUCUGAAUGAAGCCCUGAAUCAGGGGGAGACUGUGGAUCUAGAUGCCCUCAUGGCUGAUCUCUGUUCCAUAGAGCAGGAGCUUAGCAGCAUUGGGUCUCAUCCAGCAAACAGUGCUGCAGUGAAGCACCUUGCCACAGAACCCAAAGCUCAGAAACCACCUGCUAGCCGACCUUCUACUAAACACAGCAGCAUGAAAGGAUUAUCCGCCUCAUCUGGUAAGGUGACUAAACCGUCACAUGCCAAUGUAUCUUUGGAUGACAUCACUGCCCAGUUAGAGAAGGCCUCUUUGAGCAUGGAUGAGGCAGCCCAACAGUCCAUUGCAGAAGAUACUAAACCAGUAGUUACUGCUCAGCACAGGAGGACAGCAUCUGCUGGCACAGUGAGUGAUGCUGAGGUGCGCUCAAUCAGUAACUCCUCCCGUUCCAGCAUAACCUCUGCAGCUUCCAGCAUGGAUUCCUUGGAUAUUGAUAAGGUGGCGAGACCUCAGGAAUUGGACUUGACAUCACAAGGACAACCAAUCACUGAGGAGGAACAGGCUGCUAAACUCAAAGCUGAGAAGAUUAGAGUUGCAUUAGAGAAGAUUAAAGAGGCACAAGUGAAAAAAUUGGUUAUUAGAGUCCAUAUGUCUGAUGACAGCUCAAAAACAAUGAUGGUGGAUGAGAGGCAGACAGUGAGACAAGUAUUAGACAAUCUGAUGGACAAAUCACACUGCGGUUACAGUUUAGACUGGUCAUUGGUGGAAACCAUCUCUGAAUUGCAGAUGGAAAGGAUCUUUGAAGAUCAUGAAAAUUUAGUUGAAAAUCUUCUGAACUGGACAAGAGAUAGCCAGAACAAACUAAUGUUCGUGGAGCGUAUAGAGAAAUACGCACUUUUCAAGAAUCCCCAGAACUAUCUUCUGGGGAAGAAAGAAACCUCUGAGAUGGCAGAUAGAAAUAAAGAGGUGCUGCUAGAGGAAUGUUUCUGUGGAAGUUCUGUAACUGUGCCAGAGAUAGAGGGAGUUUUGUGGCUGAAGGAGGAUGGGAAGAAGUCUUGGAAGAAACGUUACUUUCUUCUUCGAGCUUCUGGAAUAUACUAUGUCCCUAAGGGGAAGGCAAAGGUCUCGCGGGACCUUGUGUGCUUUCUACAGCUGGAUCAUGUCAGUGUUUACUAUGGACAGGACUAUCGCAACAAAUACAAAGCACCCACAGACUAUUGUUUAGUGCUAAAGCAUCCUCAGAUCCAGAAGAAAUCCCAGUAUAUCAAGUAUCUCUGCUGUGAUGAUGUAAGAACUCUACACCAGUGGAUCAAUGGCAUCCGCAUUGCUAAGUAUGGGAAGCAACUCUAUAUGAACUAUCAGGAAGCACUGAAGAGAACAGAAUCAGCAUAUGAUUGGACUUCCCUGUCUAGUUCCAGUAUCAAGUCAGGCUCCAGCUCGUCUAGUUUGCCAGAAUCUCAAUCAAAUCAUUCUAAUCAGUCUGACAGUGGAGUUUCUGACACCCAGCCAGCUGGACAUGUCCGUUCCCAAAGUAUUGUCAGUUCCAUGUUCUCUGAGGCCUGGAAACGAGGCACUCAACUGGAGGAAUCCAGCAAGGCCCGAGUGGAGCCUGUGGGUCGGCCCUUCAUGUCCAUCGCACCUCCCGUGUCCCCGCAAACCAAAGUGUCAGCCCCCUACGCAGCUUCGCAGCCGUCUCCCCCGCUGCCCCCGCCGCCCCCCCCGCCCCCGCCGCCCCCACCUCCCCCCCCGCCCCCCCCCCCGCCCCUCCCCAGCCAGGCCGCCCCAUCUGCAGGGUCGCCCGCUGCCAUGUUUGUCAAGUACAGCACCAUCACCAGGCUGCAGAACGCUGCCCAGCACAGCGGGCCUUUCUCUAAGGCUCCCACCGCGCAGCAGGGCCCCCUGCCCCCGCCACCCUCAGGGAAGCCGCAGCUCCUGGUGCCCCCCAAUGGGGUCAUCCCGCCACCCCCGCCUCCCCCGCCACCCCCGACGCCGGGCUCGGCCAUGGCGCAGCUGAAGCCGGUGCCUUGUGGCCCCUCCGUGCCGCAGUUCACGCCACCACCGCCGCCCCCCAAAAUCCAUCAGGUUCAACCAAAUCUAAACCAGGCCACUGCCACCUCCUCGUUGCCACCACCUCCUCCUCCUGUGCCUGCGCCACCGCCACCCCAGGCACCCCCAAAGCCUGUCAUGGCAGCUCUCUCCCAACAGCCCAGUGGGAAGGCAGCAUCACCAGGGGUCACACAUGUUGUCCCCCCCGUGCCGGCUCCAUUGCCCCUUGCCAUAAAGAGACAACCAAGCGUCACCUCUCCCCAGGUACCUCCACUGCCUCCAGCCCCUCCUGGCCCCACUCCCCCGCCAACGUUCCCAAAGCAGCAGAGUUUCUCUGUGAAGCCUCCUCCGUCCCCUCAGUCCCCAGUGCCAUCAAUAGUGAAACAGAUAGUUAGCCAGUUCCCACCCCCUCCCACCCCACCUGCCACUGAGCCCCAGCCUCUGAAGCCCCUUCCACUGAGCAUGCCUCCACAGUCACCCCCAGCAGUGAAGGCAAAGCCUAAAUGGCAGCCAGCUUCUGCUCCCUCACCAGAUUUCCCCCCUCCUCCACCAGAGAGUAGCUUGGUGUUUCCUCCUCCACCUCCUUCCCCAACUUCCUCUGCAGGUUCUCCCCCCCCUGACAAAUCAGGGUCUCCAGUCAAAAAGACCAACAAGACAUCAAGCCCUGGAGGGAAGAAACCACCUCCAACACCUCAGCGAAACUCUAGCAUCAAGUCCACCAGCUCCACUGAGUACCAUGAGUCCAAGAGACCUUCAGUGGACCGCCUUGUCAGCAAGUUUGCACACCCACCAGAGCCGUCAGGGUCUCCUUCAAAGGAGUCAUCUCCUCCUGCAGCCCCUCCAAAGCCAGGAAAGCUCAACCUCUCUGGGGUGAGCCUGCCCAUCGUCCUUCCGCAAGGAGGGAUCCCAGCCAAGGCUCCUGCUCUGGGUGUGUCUGGGAAGGAACCUGUGGUCGACUUCCCUUCGCCACCAUCCGAUUCAGACUUUCCACCGCCACCACCUGAAAUAGAUCUUCCUCUGCCACCAGUUGAGAUCCCGUCUGUGUUUUCAGGCAGCACCUCCCCAAAAGUGGCUGUUGUCAAUCCCCAGCCUCAGGCGUGGUCAAAGCCGCCUGUGAAGAAAGCGCCGCCACCCACACGUCCCAAACGCAAUGACAGCACCCGACUGACGCAGGCGGAGCUCACGGAGCCGCAGGGCUCAGCCAGCCCCCAAGUGCCCACCUCCCCCAAGUCCAGCCUUAGCGUUCAGCCGGGGUUCCUGGCAGACCUCAAUCGGACACUGCAGCGGAAAUCCAUCACCCGGCACGGCUCCCUCUCCUCCGCACGGAUGUCCAGAGCGGAGCCCACCGCCACCAUGGACGACAUGGCCCUGCCUCCGCCACCGCCAGAGCUGCUGGCUGACCAGCAGAAGACGAGCAGCUUUGGGGGCACGCACAUCUCCGGCUAUGCAACGUUACGGAGGGGGCCGCCCCCUGCGCCUCCUAAAAGGGAUCAGAACACGAAGCUGUCACGGGACUGGUAGGCCCCAGAUCCUCUGUGGCCGCUGCUCUCUGUGGCGUGCGUGUUGCUCCACCAUCGGCCAGCCUGCCACCCUGCGCACUGGCAGAGAACGUGGGGAUGUGGGUGACAGCCCCAUCACAAGAGAUGAUCUCAAACUGUAGCUAUGGCUACCUGUAAAGACUCUUUCAUGGAUAAAUAGUUGGGAGUUUGGGGGUGUUGAUAUUUUAUUGGGAAAGGUGGGUAGAGAGGUAUUAGACUUACUCUUUCAGUUUCUUUUAUCCUUCAUAUGGAUUGGACCAAAACCCCAUUUUCUUACUUUUUCUGCAUUUAGGGGAGGGGGGAGAUGAUAUUUUGUAGUGUCUGUCCACGUGAGACAUGUUUGUGCAUGUAUUAUGAGUGUAGGUAUAUAAUAUAUUGUGAUAUAUUUCAUCGCAUUUAUAGGAGAUAACCAGAAUGUUUUUGUAGAACCGUAUUUAUUGUUUCAGUCACUAUAUUAUCUGGAAUCGGACUCUGUAACUAGUCAAGUCUUGCCACAAAGAUGAAGAUGUAGGGGGCACUUUAAAGAAUGGUAGAAAACAAACCAAAACCAAACCAAACUGAACCCCACCCACAAACCUCUUGGCAGUUUGCGGUGGGUAAAUGCUGCAGAGCUGAGGUGUUCUGCUAGUAACAUUGUCCAUGGAUUGAAAAGUACAGAUGCAACAUACCAAAACAUUCUGGUCAUAAUACUACUGAAGAUGAGUAUGUUCUGAGGAAGAAAAUAGAUUUUAUAUAUAGUGGGCUGGCGUGAAAUAUAUUUAUACUGUAAAGAGCCUCCCCCUCCCUUCCAAAUAGUUUAAAAAUAUCCUCCGCUACAAAUUAUUUCAAAGUUUAUUGUCCCUGCAGUAAGUAGGAUGAAUAUAUAUUAUUCCCAUCCAUUGGGCAUUCUAACUCAUAGUAGACCGGAUCAUUUGUUUCUGUGGCUCAAGAUGAAUAUAUUUGUGUUAAACCCCUUCUGAAAGCUGCCAGGACUCCUGCAACUGAUGCCGCCGCACAGGGCCGCCCCGCGCCAAUACAUCCCCCGCAAGUCUAAUUCUUGCCCUGGAUGAACAGGUAGGUUUCUGUAGAGCGUUUGUGCUCACCCAAGCAUGCGCAGCAUACAGUCUCACCUUGUCUGUGCCUGAUGUGUCGUCUUUACAAAAACAAGCAUUGGGAAACAUUUGAAGAAAAUAUUGUUUGUCAUUCAUUAGGAACUGUCAGGAAACUUUUUCUUCUAGAAAGAAAGGAGUGACAAUUUCAGGCCAAGCACAGUGGGAAUUUGACCUGCCAGAGACUGCAACCGACACAUAAACCCGUGAAAGCUGCACUUCUAGCAGUCAAUGGACAACACUGGAAAAAUAACCCAGCCUUGAGAGGCUAAUUUUUUUGCUAAUCAUUUAAUUUAAGGGCCCACAUAAGUAGGUGAUAGACUAUCAUAUUUGCUUUGGGGUUUUUGUUUGCUGCCUAUUCACUUCCAAUCACCAGAUCAAGUACAGGAGUCCUUUAUCAGGUACUUCAGUAGCUCAGCUGUGCAGUCCCAUGCACUUACUCAGCGUGAUGUGGUAGGCGUUGUUGGCUGAAGCACUCUGAAGUAUCCUGCAUGUUCGUCGCAGGCAGCAGUACUCAGCCUUUGGAAAGGAACCAAAACAGCUGGACUGUACCUACUGCGUCCUCAGUUUUUACAACUUCCCUCGUCACCACGGGGAUAGUGUCAAGGUGCAGGUGGUAGAUGAUUUUACUGUUUGUUUACCUUUCCUCCAAAAGCAAAUUUUAAAUGCUUUGCUUCCCCCAAAGAACGAAGCAAAGGAAGUAGCUUGACCUGGUGUGUGUAAAAAAGAUGUAACCACUCUCAUUAGAGUAAUUCAGGCUGAUACACUUAAGAAAUAUUGUGACAUUUUCCCAUUCCUUUUCCUAUUACGUGUUUUCAAAAAAAAAAAUCCAAAUAAUACAUGUCUUUGUGAAUAAUUUAUGAACAGGAAAAAAAGCUUUGCAAAUUAGAGGGGGAAAAUGACACAUCUAUAACUAUGUAGUUUUAAAUAAGUGCAUCAUAAAAAGAGAUGAAUUAAUGGUGCUGUCUCUGCUGACCUGUUUCAUAUGAUUUUUUUAAAAAUCUGUUUCAGCACCUCUGGAAAUUGUUUUAAUAUUUCAGACUAGUUUUUUUGAGCAAUAAGAGUAUAUACCAUUGUGUGCAUUUUUAAAGCACUGCUAUGGAAAGGCACUUUUUUGUAUCUUUCAAAUUGUUCACAAAGUUUUAUUUCUACUAUUUUUGUGCUUAUAAAGUGUCCUUAAAAGCAUUGGCAUUGUUGAUUUUUAGCAUGCCGAGUGUAGCUGGUGAAUAACUUCCCAGGGAGGUUGUUGAGCUACACUGAGGCUCAUGGGUGCUGUGAUUUUCUGCAUUGGUCCUCCUGCUGCAUUGUGCUGCAUCAGCUCCCGGGGCUCACACCAGAGCCAAAGGUGCGCAGGCAGAGCCCAGACUGCACAGCUCUUACUGACGGCAGGGAAGCAGCACCAUCGCCUGCUCCCUGGCAAGAUGCAUCUGGGCUGCUGCAGCCUGUGUCCCCAGGUGAAUUCUGCUUGCCCCAUCUGUUUUUCUUUUCUUCCAAGGCAGCUCCACUGGUGGAUGUCAGUUCCAGCCCUUUUUCUGUUCAUUCAGCGCGGGUACCUCUGGGCUUUGGACUCGGCAGAGUGAUGUUUUGAGUGCAGUUUCCUCAGAGGCGUCUGAGCCUCAUUCUCCUGUGCCCCAGUCCAUUUACCUGUUAUCUCUCCUUAGAUCCAUGCUUACCGCUGCAGGCUGCUACUCAGCUGCUGGGAGAUGGAAGUUCAGCCUGGAAGGUGGCAGCCUGUAUUCCUUCUUGUCUAAGCCAGUCCUGAUACAGAAAGCAGCUUGCUUUCCCUCAGCUGAGCACUGAAAUGUGGCUAUCGUGAGGUUCAGACAACCUGAUUGCCUUUUCCGCUUAUGAGACCUCCUCAUUGUAACUUGCUUGUAUUUACUGUUUCUGUGGCAGUAAAUAUUUAUGCCUUAUUUGCAGGUAAGUUCUUUUCCCCAGUGUGCACUGGUCUCAUAACUGCACCGUUGCAUUUAAGUCAGAAAACAGAGGGGCUAGAUCUUGGAUAUGUAGCAAGAAGCUUCCUGCUACAAACAUGGGCUGUAAUACUUUUGGCACUAUUAAAAUGAGUAGGUGAGAGCUGAGCCUUGCUGCUCUGGACACAAAGACAGCAGAUGCUUCGAUGCUCCAGUUCCAGGCAAGUACAACUGUAGUUGCCUGGGGCAGCUAUUGGACAGGUGCCGCUGCUGCAGGGGCAGCUGCCUGCGCUCACCUGUUCCGGGUUGAGCCUUCCUUUCCUCUCUGCCACGCAGCAGCAGCAGGGUCCUGUCCUGCCCCCUGCCCUGUUCAGCCCAGGCCCUGUGCCUGCAGCACAGGUGUGGACAGCAGGGAGCUGGUCAUCUCUGACACUUUUGUAGAUAACUCAGGGCUGAGGGAGUUGCUUUAGAAGGGAAAACUAGGCUCUCGUAUCAGCAGUAAGCUUAGAGUAGAAAUGAUUUUUAAAAACCACAGGUUCUAAACAAACCACAUGAAACGUGUGACAUGGGUAUGCCAGGGGUGCUGUUUAGUCUUUCAAACUGUGUGGUUGUGGGAGGAGGUUAGGCACACGUCUCGCAGUGAAAUAAUCCUACUCCUUUCUAUGGAAGAGGGAAGCUCCUGCAGCAGACCACCAGUGCUUACCCUGACCUGGUGCAUGACCCCAAAGCCAAAGAGUUCCUCUCCUGAACUUUGCAGAUUUCUGCAGGGCAACAGUAACUGGAGGUACCUGGAUCACUUUGGUUUCAGGUCUGAUGGGAGAGGGAGCAGCUUUUUCAACAAGUGCAUUUUACAAUUUGCUCUUCUAGACUUGCAUAUUUAAAGUUUCUUAAUUUCUCGUUUCUGUGCCCUUAGGCAGCCAAGUAACUCAGAUCAGCUCAGAGGUAAAGUGUGGCCAGGGCACUCGGAGUUAAUUUUUUUCCCCUCCACAGUUAAAGGAACCAAAAGUGCCAUUUCAACACCAGGACAAAAGUGAAAUUUUCUGCUUAUUGUAGGAAACUACAUAGAGCUAAAUUGCUUUACUUCAGUGGCAUCACUGCAGGUAAACUUAUUUCAUCUUCACAAAGCCCGGGGAGGGUGUGGAGUCUCCUUCCUUGGAGGUCUUUAAAACCCGCCUCGAUGCAUUCCUGUGUGACCUGAUCUAGGUGAACCUGUUUCUGCAGGGGGGUUGGACCAGAUGAUCUCUGAAGGUCCCUUCCAACUCCUACUAUUCUGUGAUUCUGUGAAUACAGUCAUAUUAAAAUCAGUUGCACUUCAAGGAAAGCAAUUUGAAUUCCUGCCAGAAGGUGGUGAGGGUGCAGCCACACCAUCUGAGUGUGGUUGACUUUUUUUCCUCGUAUUCAUUGUUAAGGUGUAGAUUAGGUGCUUGUUCAAACAGUGCUCCUCAGCUGGAGGCAAGAGGAUUCUUGCUACUUUGGGAGAGGAGACUUUUUCCCAAAGCCCAUUUGUUUGUGGCUCCUGGUGCCCAGCAUCACAUUCCCUAGCACAGACUCCAAACCAGAGACAAUUUAACACUACAGGGGAGUUCUGGCCAUUUUUGUAAUGUGCUGGUGGGUUUUAAGGUUUUAUUUUGAAAUUGUAAGUUUGGUAAUUCUUCUUUCUUUUUCUCCAAUUAAAACACAGCCAUGAAGGCUGGCAAAACUAUAUUCGAGCUCGGGGGUCAGCACCCAGCAAGCCCUUAGUCAUAGGCUCGGUGAGUUUUGAACAAUUUAAGACACUGAACUGCAAACCAGGUGACCACACGUGGUUAUCCCUCACAAUAAAGUGAUUGCCUUUAACAGGGGAAAAACAGGGCUUUGGGUUGAUGGCUACGUGGUGCUCUGAGGCACACCACAGGGCAAGGGCACAGUUAGCACUCUGCUCACCAGAACCAACCCCUGUGGCACCGAGGAAAAAAGCAGGAGCAGGAACUGCACUGUACACAGGGCCACCAAGGCAGGGAGGCUGUGAGGGAAGCGAGUGAGGAGGAAUUUCAGUAACAGAGUUUGGAAUCCCUGUUAUUUAAAUGGUUAAAGGCAACUUGUCUUCUAGAAGACUUGGGAACCAAACCAACUGUUCCCCAGAGGGGGAAGUAAUUUCCUCUCACCUUUCCCAAGAUGCCAAAGAUGCAUUCAGAGCUAAAUUCCAGGAAGACAGGUGUGCUUGCACCAACCUCUCCCACGGUGUUAGUGGCAGGAGCCCAAGUGCUGUGGGUGCACAGCAGUCGUUAGUAAGAGCAGGGGGGGCUCUGUGCCAGGGCCCAAAGCUCCUGCCGUUACCCACAGCUGCAAGGGGCUCAGCAAAGGCACCCAGGCCCAGGCCUCCCUGCUGCUCGGUCAUUCGGUGCACCACUAUAAAACUUGUACUUCUGAAAGGAAAACUAAAUGCCUUGUCACAGGUUGCAAUUCCAAAUCUUAAGCCUCCUUCUGGUGGACUGCAGUGGGAAUUGACUGGAGCAGCAGUUUGGUUCAUAUCUUACACUAAUUGUUAGCAGCCACUGGUGAUACUCUGUAUAAUACCAGGGAUGCACACGUAAGAAAAAGUGUCAUUGCAAUGAUGAUUUGUCUGUGCAGCAAACUUGUGCUGAGUGCUGUAAAUACAUUCAUGUUUACUGCUUUAAGAAGAAAAUUGCACAUUUUAUCUUUCAACGGGAUUCCCUCCCCUCUUCUUCCCUUUCCAAAAAAGAAAAAUCAAAGCUCUUCUAGACUGAUAGCUUCAGCUUGAGGGGAGCUUUGCCAUAUUAUAAAUAUAUAUAAAUAUAUGUAUAAAUAUACUUUUUUAAGCAUGGGAGAGGACAAAAGAAAUACUACAUUAUAGAGUACCCAAUAUAGAUCAUUAUACAAUGGAACAUGCACAAUUCAAUAAAGAUGUAGUUAAAUUUAAUAA